AUUAACACUUGCAAUACCAACGUUUAUCUGUCGUUGAUCGUUUGCGUGUUGCUGUGGGUCACAUAUUCAUAAAUUACAAAAAUAUAACAUUUAUCAUGGAUUCUACAUCGCCUUGUGCUAAUUUUAAUGUUAAUUAUGUUUAGUUUAAAUCUACCGACUGUUUUGGCUAGUGUACGUCUAAGUGUUAGUGUUUAGUUUGCAUCCAGAUAGUACAGUGUUUGCGCGAAUAAAUUGUUAUCAAAAAUAUUUUAAAUAAGUAGAAUCAUGUGGAUAACUGUUAAUUUAAUCAAUUAUCACCUUCCGUUCAGCCUAAUAUAGAAAUCUAUUUAUACAUUGUGUAAAAAACAAAGUUGAAAUCGAUCAAAGUGGGUCAACGCAGUGUUGGUAUUAUUUGAUUACAAUGAAUGAGAAAAAGUUGGUUCAAAACUUCAAGAGUUACAUCAAUGUAACUCCUCUGAGUAAAGGAGAAAAAAAUGGUUCACUGCAAGAAGUGAAACCAAAGCUUCUCAAUGGCGAGCUGGUGACAGGUGCAGCACACAGCGUGGUACUGCUGACGCCACUCAGCGAGUGGGACCGCGGCCGCUUCGGAUCCCUCUUCGUCACCAACUACAAGCUGUCCUUCGUGCCCUUGGAGAACUCAACCAAUGAUGAGUACUGCCAACGGAACUUCUUGCUCGGCGCCUUCGACGUGCCGUUGACGGGCGUGGGUGCCGUAUGGCUGACGGACGGCGGGCCGCAGCGACGGCGACGGCUGAUGCCGUACGGUGACAUGCCUGGCAAGGUGAAAGGACUUCAGGUCAUAUGCAAGAACAUGAAGGUGCUAACAUUCAGCUUUGCGAACUCCCCGAUCGACAACGGCAGGAAAAUCGCCCUCGCCCUCAUGCACCACGCCUUCCCGAAGCGACACGACCUCCUCUUCGCAUUCGAAUACAGAGAACCAUACUACCCCACUCUCCCCUCAGACAUGAACAUGUUCCAACGCCCCGGAGACUGGAAGAGGGAACUCGAACGAUGCGAAUGUCCUCACUGGAGGAUAACCUGUAUAAAUGGGACCUCAGAUGCUUUCAUGCUGACGGCUGGGGAGACGCUCAUAGUACCCAGUUCGGUGUUAGAUUAUAAUUUGAUGGAGUCGGCGCGUCACUUCAGGUCGGGGAGAGUGCCUAUAUGGGUGUGGGGGAGGCCUGAAGGGGCGGCGUUAUUGAGGAGUGGAGAGUUACUCAGUACUGAGCAGUCGGCGACGGCGGAAAGCGUAUUGUUGGAACAGGUCCGUCGUUCCCACCCGAAGCUAACACCGCCUCACGUAUUGUACCUCUGCGGCAACUCGUUCACGAACGCUGGCGGGCCGGGAAUAUUACCGCCCCUGUCUACACUACAGACUUCCUAUAAGAAAUUAGUGGAAUUGUGCACGCCGACCACGCUUGGACAGUUUUGGUUGCAAGAUUCACAAUACUACUCGAUCCUGGACGCGAGCCGGUGGCUGCGCUACGUGGCCAACUGCAUCGCGUUCGCUGACGACGCCGCCACGCAUCUCGCUAACAACGUCACUGUUGUCUUACAGGAAGGUGACGGUGUAGAUUAUUCGUCAGUGGUGUCAUGCCUCACACAAUUGCUAGUCGACCCACACUUCAGAACAAUAUCGGGCUUCCAGUCACUCAUACAGAAGGAAUGGAUCGCGUUAGGACACCCGUUCUGUGAUCGAUUCGGUCUCCCUCGUCCUGGCAACCCAAAAGAAUCUACAGCCAAAGAGGUGACGUCAGCUCAGACUGCCCCCGUGUUACUGUUAUACCUGGACUGCGUGUGGCAACUCCUGCAGCAGUUCCCGGCACACUUCCAGUUCACGGAGACCUAUCUGACGACCCUGUGGGACUGUGCACACAAUCAUAUAUUCGAUACCUUCCUGUUUAACUGUGCGAGAGAUAGGGAGCUCGCUGUUGCGAAGAACUUCGUGCAGCGGCCGGUGUGGGAUUGGGGCGAGCAGUUUUCAGAACAAGACAAGGCGUUGUUCUACAACCCGCUGUACAUGGGCGCCAAGCCUACCACUACUCCCUCGCAGAGGCUAUCACAAUCUUCGCUACCAAACAAAUCAGCGACUGAACUAAGCCGAUUAGAACCUUGCACGUCGGUAGCGGGCAUGGAGCUAUGGUCGCAGUGCUACGAGCGCUGGCUGGCCCCACUCGACUCGCCGCAGUCGGGCACCAUACAGUACCACGUGCACAACUACACCGCGCUUAAGCAGAUUCACCAACUAAACGAGAAGCUGACAUCCCUAUCCAUCCUAUCAAGCCGGCAUUCCAACGGCGAGGAGUCGUCAGAAUCCCAGCGGAAGCCGGUGUCCCGGUUCUAUCCCUUCAGCGUGAACCGGUCAGACAUAGUCACAGGUAACCUGGACGCUAUGCAAGUCAGCCUUAUAGACGCUAGUCAACUCCUGGACUCACAGUCACUACUUAACGCCCCCGACUAAGGACCUACCAACCUAUUCACUAAACAUAUUUAACGCUAAAUAUAUUUUAAAUAUGGAAUGUAAGAAAUUGACAGUGACGUGUCAUGUAAAAGUUGACAGUGAGAGUUAAAAAUUGUGUUAGAAUUAAACGUGUUUAAUGAGUGGCAAGUAGGCCUAAGACAAAGUAUCGUCGCAAGCGAUUAUAACACUUAUCCUGAUGUAGUAAAAUUGAAAGUCUAAUGUCGCUUACGCUGAAUAGAUGAUGUUUUUUUUAAAUGUGGUUGAUGAUAAUUGUUAGCUUGCGACGUUCACGCGGUUAUAUAGUUUGUUGUUGGCCUCAAUUAUAUGCCAGUUUUGGUAUUUUGUAUAAUAGGUAUUUAGGUUUUUCGAUAAUAUUUUGCAUUAGUUUGUUCCGAUAGUGUGUAGUGUAUAUAGAGAACUGGUUGGUUUUGUACUUUUUCCGUAGUAAACUGAAUAAUUUGUCUUCCUAAUUUUGUAAUGUCACACAGAAGAGGUCAACAAUAAACGUUUCAUUGUGUUUAUCUAGAACAAGUCAGUAACGAACAAGGCUCUUAGUUUAGGUUACCGGCGCCAUCAUUAUGGAGUAUUAGGUAAAUUACAAGUUAAUAUAUUCGCGUUACAAUAAGACGUACAUAAUAAUUAAGUUGUAUAUAGUCGUGAUAUAGCGUCGUUUUCUCUAUUAAACAUAUUUUUAUAAGUUCCCUAUAAAAAGGAAUUGAUCGAGAAAUGUAUAUUCCAUUUUAAAUAAUAGUUAUAUUUUUAUAAUCAAUCGUUUUAUGGUGUGACCAUUAUGAAAAAAAUAUACGAAAUUCUAUGUUGUCUGAGCGUUUGUACGCGGACAUGAUUGGGCCAUUCCGGAAUUAUUCCAGUUAAUCAGAUUGAUGUAAUUAUUUUCUAUUUGUGCUUAUUACUAACAAAGCUUAUCGUCGUUAUUAAUGUUUACGUGGAGCGGCCUGUUCACUGCCCUACAAGUCGACUAAUUAAUGUGGGACAGUGAAUAGGCCGUUUCAUUUAUAAAUAAGUACUUUGUUACCAUUACUAAACCGUAUUAUUAGAUGACACAGCACCGUUAACAAACUGUAUUACUUCUCUAAGACAUUCGAUAAAACUCUGUCUAAUAGAGACACACACAAACCAAAUUAAUCUUACUUAUGAUAGUAAUUCAAUGAUUAUGUUGUAAAUAUGGCAGCUUCAACGCUUACUUAAGUACUUUGUUAUUAUUUUAAUGUAAUAUUUAUUUUCCUUAUAAUUGUAAUUAUCAUUUAAUAAUUAACUUUGUUCAGCUGUAGUAUUGAACUGAAUUAUGUUAAUGUAAAAGUAUAUACUUAUAAAUGUCCGUCAAUGAUUACUAACUUAGUCGUGGUAUAUUAGUUGGUUGAAUACAAUGUAUUCUGAUGUUUUUGUAAACAGUACAAGUUCUAGCGAUGUUUCUUUGUAACGAGAUUAUAAUAAGACAGGUUGAAGAAAUAAUUCUUUAUAAUGUAUGCCCCAACAUUAAAAAUAAUCUAUAGUAGUCAUAAUCCAUAGAAUCGAUGAGAUUUAGAAUUGUAGUAAAGUUACAACUAACUCUAUUACCUACCAAUUUAAGAAUGUUUAAGCUGACAACAAAAUCCUUAACGAUACAUAUCUGUUAUAUUUAAAAUCCUUGACUUUACCUUUAGAAUCUGAACAUCGGCUUAUGAAGAUUAUAGGUAGUUUUAAUAAUUAUCAAAGCUAAAGUGACCUGUCAUUGAAUGUUGGGGCAAGUUGACCAGAAAAGGUUAGAUACAGUAAAGAUAAUCAAAACUGCUUGUUCACGAACAAACAAAUAGCUAACUCGUCUUUACAUUGUUGUAUGCAAUAGUAGUUGCUGAUUAGUUUCCAUAUUCUUCGGAAUCCGACAUCACAUUGUCGCCUGUUCUUGUUACCUUAUAAAUUGUAAACUGCUAGGCCGCGGGCACUAGCGAACAUCUCGAUACAGUGCGCCCAGUAAACAAAGAAUAUAUUUAUUUAUUUAAAUAAAUAUUUUAGUAGAUAAUGUAACUGAGCAUUAACAGAUUUGUCGCUAGCGGACCCACGGCUUCACCUAACUUGAUCAAGUUGGAACAACCAAGCAGUAUUGUUGUAACAUUGUAAGUAUAAUUAACUCUAUCUUAUAGAAGCGAAUAUUUAUGUAAUUUAUAAGUUUACGAACUGUUAAUAACUGAUUAAUUCACCUAGUUUCACUGUCAUCGCACGGGCGGGAAAAUUUGUACUAGAGGAGAGAUGGGCCGCAUGUUACAUUUUAGUUUAGUCGGUUUUUAACACCCGUUGAAUUGAUUAGUGAAUUUAAAAUAGCUGUAUAGAUUUAAUAUAAGACUGCAUUGACAUGAUUCAUACUUGUUUGACGUCAUUUAAUAUUUCCCCGUCUCUACCUCCCCGAAAGUUUGUGCCAUCUCGUCUUCUAACCAUGUAAUAAAUAAAAAUCAUUGUAUCAAAAAUAAUCAGUAUAGUUAUAGAUAAUAAUGUAGCCCAGUGCAGUCCAAAUCGUAUGUUGAAUGAUUCGUACCAAAUUAUGAGUGUACCUGUUACACGCUAAUGUUCAAAUGUGAGGAAUAAAGGAGUUACGAGA